GACGGUAUCGCUCAGCGCUGAUUUACGGUAUUGGAAUUCACAAAGUUUCGGAUGCGGAUAAACGCGGCUUCGAAGUCAUUGGUAUUGCAAUAUUGGUGUAGGAAGCUACCUGCGUCUCCCUCCACCAAUGCCCCAAGCAGUGUGGACCCUGAAAUGACUAGGUAACCCGGCAAGGAACCCAGGGUCCGGAAGCGGCUCACGACUUACUAAGCUCUGCAAGAAUCCCUUGCCUGCAUCAUCUAUCAUUGUUAUUUUCUUGUAUGUCCUUGUUUGCUCGAUCAACAUUGGCUGAGCAGUACCGCAAAACAGUGGGCCUUGAUGCGGGGCACACUCCCGAGGUCGGAAGGCGGGCUUGGGCCAUACAACUGCCGCACAGCAAUAUAGACGCAGAACUCACGCGCCAAAUUCCCUACAUUUAUAUUUAUCCCCAAGAUACCCUCGAAUGUUCCAUUCAGACUAUCUUGAAAUCCGACCAUGACUUGCGCCGCUAUAGACUCUCGUGUGUUCCGUAACCUCUUCGGAACAGAAGAAAUACGCAACGUCUUCAGCGACGAAGCCUAUGUACGAUACUUGAUCGACACUGAAGCUGCACUUGCUCGAGCAGAGUCAAAAGUCGGUGUCAUCCCCGAGGAUGUAGGUGAAGCGCUAACGGAGGCUUUGGCUGGGGUGAAAAUUGACUUUGAAAGAAUAUCGCGUGAAACCGACAUUGUUGGAUAUCCUGUUCUGCCUCUCAUCAAUCAGCUCGUCGAGCAAGUACCGGCAGAUAUCGCAAAGUACAUCCACUGGGGUGCCACAACACAAGAUAUCAUGGAUUGCGCAUCUGUCUUACAGAUAAAGCAGGGUCUUAAGAUAGUAAAGCGCCAACUGCAUCAACUGAUUGAUUGUCUUCGUGGGUUGUCAGAGCGAUAUCGUGACACACCAAUGGCAGGACGAACGCAUCUCCAGCACGCCCUCCCUUGUACUUUUGGGUACAAAUGCGCUGUUUACCUAUCCGGUCUUCUACGACACGCAGAACGCAUCGAAGAAAUCGAGCGAAGAUGUCUUCUCGUGCAGUUCGGGGGUGCGGCCGGAACCCUUGCAUCGCUCGGAAACGACAGAACGGGGCUCCACGUACGGGCCCAACUCGCACAUGAGCUGGACUUGAAAAACCCUUCCAUUACCUGGCAUACAGCGCGUGACACAAUCGCUGAGAUCCUGAAUUUUCUGGCUCUCAUCGGCGGUUCGCUCGGCAAGAUCGCAUACGACAUCAUGAUUAUGUGUUCCAACGAGUUCAGCGAAGUCGCAGAGCCGUUUGUCCCACACAGAGGCGCUUCUUCCACGAUGCCGCAGAAACGGAACCCUAUAAGCAGUGAGGUUGUUCUUGCUGCGAGCAAGCUGCUUCGGGCGAACGCGAGUCUAGGCCUCGAUGCCAUGGUCGUGGACUUCGAGCGGGCCACGGGGCCUUGGCACCUGGAGUGGGUGGCUAUUCCCGAGGCAUUCGUGUUGUGUGUUGGGGCAUUGCACCAAACCAACUUCGCUAUGGGAGGGCUUGUAGUCAACACGGAUAACAUGGAUACGCUUUUGUGUUCGACGAAAGGGUUGAUCGUUGGUGAAGCAGUUAUGAUGGGUCUGGCGCCUUCCAUUGGGAGACAGCCCGCGCAUGACGUUGUGUAUGCGGCGUGCAAGACUGCGAUCGAAAAUGGCAGACCGUUGCUUGAUGUGCUAGCGGAGAACGAAGAGAUCACAGCAAAGGUCUCUACAGCCCAGCUGGCGCAGUUCUGCAACCCAAUCAACUAUCUCGGCGCGAGCCAGCAUAUGGUAGAUGACAUUCUGAAGAUAGCGGGAGGCAAAGGGAAGUUCGCUGGUACGCUUUCGCCAACGGAGGAGCGUGCUGGCUAGCACAUGAGGUUCAAUAGCAUUCUGGUGUGAAUGAAAACAGACUUGCACACUGUUCUCAGGUUGACCCGAUACCACAAUUAUGAACGAAAAGAUACAUUCCUGGUCUGCGGGCCUGAUAUAAUACAAGUCUCUUUAAUUGGCC